AUGAGCUCCUACAAACCCUCCACCACCUCCAGCUCAACAGGCAAAUCCGACAGCUCCUCCACCCUCUACGGCGGAAGCGGAAGCACCACCACCGGCAGCUACUCCAGCUCCGCCACCACCCUCACAGGUUCUUCAACCACCGGCAGUGGUAGUGGUAGUGGUAGUAGCAGCAGCACUGCCUCAAAGACCAGCAUGUUCCGGGGCUUCAAGGCGUCGAGCACCGAAUACAAGUGCAUGUGCAUUUCAUGUUCAGAGCCGAACAAACCGGUGCCACAGCCAGCACAGCUCCGAGAUCAGAGCACAGGCUCCGCCGACCCGGCGGCGGGCUCGGCAACCGCCACGGGCACACACAAAAAUGAAGUGCGAGCAUUAGGGAGUAACAGUUCUCAGAAUACCCCCGCCGCCCGAACACUUCCACUUCACGAAAACCAGCCCAACCCGACCGACCGUCCACAACUUACCACAAAUCCCAACACCAACACCAACCACCCCCUCAACCCCUCAAACCCGCCAAACCAGACUACAACAACCACAGCAGCCAUGCCUAACUGGCUACGCUGGCUCGGCCGCGAGUACGUGCAUAAGUACGGCGCCAUGGAGAACGACGAGAACGAGGGUCAGAACCAAGACAACGGCCAAGACAAAGGCAAAGAUAAGGACAAGAACCACGAGAAGGGAAAUGGCAAGGUCAACGAGAAGGAGAACGGAAAGAACAAGGGCAAGGACGAUAAGACCGACGACAAGGACGACGAGAAAGAAAACGGCAAGGAUCACGACAAGGAGAUUGAGAAGGACAACAAGGGCAACGAGAAGGACGAGAACAAGGACAAGAGCAAGGACGACGAGAAAGAGAACGGCAAGGACAAGAAGAAGAAGGAGAAGGAGGAAAAGAAGAAGAGAUACCAGUGUCUCUGCAUUUGCUCGUGUCGCAGUCAUGUCAGGGUUGCGCAUACCCAUUGCUGGGCUUGCCGGAAGGGGUUUCAUACGAGGAUGUGA